AUGAAGAUCGUAACAGUCUUUGUUGAUUUGUCAGGUGUCAUUACCAGCUAUGCUCUUUGGCUGGAUGGAACCCUUUUCCUUAACACCAGCUCGUCCGAGAGGUUAUCUGUGGUUGAGGGACUUUCUCCAUGGAGCCAACAUGUUCUCCGCUUAGAGGCCUGCACUGCACAGGGCUGUGGAAAAGGACCACUGACGGAGGUUCAUACAUUGGAAAUGGCUCCAGAGGGCCCCAUACUUCUAGAGCUGACUAAUCACAGCUCACGAUCAGUCCGAGUCCGCUGGACUGCCCCAACAAGACCAAAUGGGAAUAUUACCUACACACUGUUCUACAAAAACAAAGACCAUGUUGGUGAUGGUGUAGUGGACGGAAAUGCAGUGGUGGGCAGCUGGUUAACUGUGAGUGACCUGGAGCCCUAUUCUAACUACAACUUUUGGAUCAAAGGAUGCAACAGCCAAGGUUGUGUGCAGAGCCUGCCCUUCAACACCACCACACCACCCGCGGCUCCGGAUGGGUUGGCCCCACCACAGUUGGUCAGUGCAACGAGUUCCAGUUUGAAUUUGUCCUGGUCUGCCCCAGAACGCUCCAAUGGCCCUGGUCCUCUUCAGUAUGGGCUACAAAUGAGGACAUCUUUACAGGCGUCUGUGUUAAAACUACUAGAAAAUGCCUCCGACACCUUCUCCUUUCACGUGGAUGACCUGAAACCAUACAAAGAUUAUGUGUUUCGUAUAACAGUGUCACAUCUGUACGGUCAGACCAAUGGACCCUGGACAACUUUCCAAACCGCAGAGGACAAACCAGGGACUGUCAACCUACCAACUGUUCAAGGCCUUUAUCCUCGGAGUGCAGUACUUACAUGGGCCACACCCCUAGAACCAAAUGGCAUUAUCAUGAAUUACACUCUCUACCUUUACACAAGUUUUGACACCUCUUCUACAGAUUUGACCUCUGUUCUGUCUCUGCAUGAGAACUCUUCUAUCGUAAUAGUCACUGUCCAUGGAAACAGCACUAGCUACACCUUUCAUGGCCUUCUCCCAUACACAAACUACAGGAUACAGGUUAAAGCAUGCACUGUUGUGGGGUGCAAUAUAUCUGGAAUUUCUUCAAGUUUUCGCACUCUCCCGGCACCUGCAGAAGGUGUGCCUGCUCCACAUGUGGUCUCAACUACACCCACCUCUGUGCUCUUGUCCUGGGGGGCCCCCAAGAGGAGAAAUGGCCCUCUAGAAAGAUGGACGAUAGAAAGGAGUAUUGUUGGUACAAAUCAGAUUUCUACUGUCGUUCAUCUGUCACCAAAUCCUCCUCCUCUUUCGUUUCUGGACUCUUCAUCAGCUCUCAGUCCCUGGACGAGGUAUCAGUAUCGCCUGGUUCUUCAAAACCAGGCAGGAAGAGCAACUGGGCCUUGGGUCAAUAUGACAACUCGCCCCUCUCGGCCUGCUGGUCUAACUCCUCCUAGAGUCAGUGUUUUAGGGCCGGAGUUACUUCAGGUCUCGUGGUUGCCCCCUCUGAUCCCUAAUGGAGAGAUUCACAGAUAUGAGAUUCGCCUCCAAGAUCUUCGCAUUGUUCAUGACACUAAUAAUGCUUCUGAUUACAACAUCACAGUGACAGAGCUCAUUCCCUUCACACACUACAAUGUCAGUGUGUUGGCAUGUUCCACUGGAGGUGGAGUUGUUGGAGGGUGCACUGAAAGCCUUCCAACAUUGGCAACGACAUUGCCCACUGUACCUCAAGGUCUUGCUCCGCUGAACAUAGUGCCUGUCACAGAAUCCUUUUUGGCAAUUUCCUGGCAACCACCGAAAAGACCCAAUGGGCCAAACAUCAGGUACACGUUGCUCAGACGGAAAACCUUACAACCCCUGGGCCUUCCAACAAACCCCACACAGGGAGAAGCACCCCAUUCCUCAACUGAAGAUCUCCAUCACUGGUUCCAUGUUUACUCUGGCACCAAAUUGUUCUACCAAGAUAAAGGCCUAAGCAGAUUUACCCAGUACCAGUACCAGUUAUGGGUGUAUAAUGAUGUUGGCAACUCUUCAGGAGCUAUUUUUACUGCAACAACAAUGGCAGGAAUUCCCCGCUAUCCUCCAUCUCUGUCAGCUUUCCCCAUCAAUCAUACCACAAUAUAUAUUAACUGGACACAACCGUCUCUACAGAAUCUCCAGGGAGAAGUUGAAUCAUACUUUGUUGAAGUCAACUCUAAAGGAUUUAGUGAAAUGUACAUUUUUCCUGCCAACAUCACAUCUGCAGUGAUAAAUGACCUAUGGCCUAGUACCAUGUAUUCUGUCUCGUUACAUGUGUCUAAUGGGGCACAUAAUACAACCAAGGCCAUGGUUAAUACCACCACUGAGGAUGGAGGUACAGUAUGUGGAAAUGGGGACUCUGUCUAUUAG